AUGACGGGUAGUUUAAAAGAAAGUCAUCCACAAAAGUAUUAUUUAAAAAUAAUCUCUCAUUUUCUAUAUUACUUUGGUUUAGGAGAGUUUUGGUAUGAAAAAUUAACAUACAAUUAUAUACAAAAAUUAAUAUAUAAAUUGUGGGUAAUAACAUCAAAUUCGUAUAUAUUUUUAAUGAUUUUAAACGAAUUCUUAGCAUAUCGAAAAGAUUUAAACAGUAAAGAAAAAGGUAUACCAAUACGAACAGAAGUUACAUAUUUUCCGAAUCAAGAAUAUUCCGGUUUCUCAGUAAACCUGUUAAGAUUCCUUAUUCAAUUCCAUUGGUGGUUUUUAUUGGCUAUCAUAUGUGCUAGAAAAAUUCAAAUGUCGUUCGGAAAACUCUACACCGUACAAGUCGUGGAAAGUAUUUCAAUGCUUGCGAUAUGUCUUCUUAAACUUACGACAUCUGUACAAGAUAUCGCUUCAUUAGUAAAGAAUUUCAUGUUUAUCUCAUGUGUGCUUUUAUUGAACGGAACAUACAUGAUGUCUGGAGGUGACGUUACUUAUGAGGCGUCUUUGAUCUCGGAUUCCGUUUUCCACUGCGGUUGGGAAUACGGUAAGUCGCGCAGGGGUCUGCGUAGUCUGGUCGUGGUUACGUUGCAGCAAAGUCAGGUGCCGAUACGCAUGACUGCUUUCGGCGUCUUAAGUUUAUCUUAUAACAGUUUCAUUACAGUUCUACGACUUUCGUAUUCAUUUUUUGCCGUAAUGUAUUAGUUGAAAUGAAAACAG